UUUUAAAAACAAAUUAUCGCGAGACGAGGCAAGUAACGCUGAGAACCUAUCGCAGGAGGGCGACAGCCGGAAAGCAGGAUGGAGCCACAUAAGCAAUUCUCGCGAGAAGUAGACUUGCCGUAGCCUCGGGAGAGGGGCGGAGGCUCAGAGGCGCACCACGUGGGGUUUGCUAUCGGAGCUGAGUCUCCGGCCCGCGUCCAGUUUGAGUCUAGGUUGGAGUUGGAACCGUGGAGAUGCGGAAGGAAACCCCGCCCCCCCUAGUGCCCCCGGCAGCCCGGGAGUGGAAUCUUCCCCCAAAUGCGCCCGCCUGCAUGGAACGACAGUUGGAGGCUGCACGGUACCGGUCCGAUGGGGCGCUUCUCCUCGGGGCCUCCAGCCUGAGUGGCCGCUGCUGGGCCGGCUCCCUCUGGCUUUUUAAGGACCCUUGUGCCGCCCCCAACGAAGGCUUCUGCUCCGCUGGAGUCCAAACGGAGGCUGGAGUGGCUGACCUCACUUGGGUUGGGGAGAGAGGUAUUCUAGUGGCCUCUGAUUCAGGUGCUGUUGAAUUGUGGGAACUAGAUGAGAAUGAAACACUUAUUGUCAGCAAGUUCUGCAAAUAUGAGCAUGAUGACAUUGUGUCUACAGUCAGUGUCCUGAGCUCUGGCACACAAGCUGUCAGUGGUAGCAAAGACUUCUGCAUCAAGGUUUGGGACCUUGCUCAGCAGGUGGUACUGAAUUCAUACCGAGCUCAUGCUGCACAGGUCACUUGUGUUGCUGCCUCUCCUCACAAGGACUCUGUGUUUCUUUCAUGCAGCGAGGACAACAGAAUUUUACUCUGGGAUACCCGCUGUCCCAAGCCAGCAUCACAGAUUGGCUGCAGUGCGCCUGGCUACCUUCCUACCUCACUGGCUUGGCAUCCUCAGCAAAGUGAAGUCUUUGUCUUUGGUGAUGAGAAUGGGACAGUCUCCCUUGUGGAUACCAAGAGUACAAACUGUGUCCUGAGCUCAGCUGUACACUCCCAGUGUGUCACUGGGCUGGUGUUCUCCCCACACAGUGUUCCCUUCCUGGCCUCUCUCAGUGAAGACUGCUCACUUGCUGUGCUGGACUCAAGCCUUUCUGAGGUUAGAGACGGGGUUUCACUGUGUUAGCCAGGAUGGUCUCGAUUUCCUGACCUCAUGAUCCGCCCGUCUCGGCCUCCCAAAGUGCUGGCAUUACAGGCUUGAGCCACCGCGCCCGGCCGGUAGGUGGAAUUUUAAAGUCUAGUACUCCAGCCCUCUCCCACAAGGGGGCAGCAGUGUAUCCUUUCAUAUGAAGAACUGCGAAUGAAAUGCAGUCUGCUACAGGGUAAAAGGCAGCACUUGGAAGACCUGAAUUGUACUUCCCUCCUUGCCAUGAUUUCCUGCCUGUUACUGCCCCACAUCACUGUCUUGUUCUAUCCAGCAUUUCUUCAUCUAUGAAAAUAGAGGACUGGAUUGGAUGAUUGAUGACAUCCACUGUGGAUAACUACACUGCUAUCCUGGCGAUGAGGCCAUACAGUUGGUGAAAUAUGUGUAACAUACCCAAAAAUAUGCCCCAGAUGUGUUGGGUUCUCCUUUUUCUCCAGGUCUGCUUUUCUUGUCUCUACUAUGCCCUGACUUUCUUUCUUUCUUCUAGGUUUAGAAGCCGAGCCCACAGAGACUUUGUGAGAGAUGCGACUUGGUCCCCGCUCAAUCAUUCCCUGCUUACCACAGUGGGCUGGGACCAUCAGGUCGUCCACCACAUUGUACCCACAGAACCUCUCCCAGCCCCUGGACCUGCGAGUGUUACUGAGUAGAUUGGAUUUAAGACAAAAAGCAAGUCCCCCAUGGGUGUCCACUUCUUUGCCCUACCCUCUCAGCUUGUGAGACAACACAGGAACCUUCUGUAGUAUGUUGAUAUGCUAGAUCUGUGCCAUUAAUAGGCAUCGUCCCUCAGCCUGAGGGAGGCUGGAUUCUGGGUUCCUAUAGUCACAGGGAGGAAAAGCUUUCUUAAAAAUGGACAUGUAUGUGCGUGUGACUGUGUGUGUAGAUUUAUAGUUUUUGGUAGUGGCAGGAAUAAAACAAUCCAUCCUACAUAUUCCCUAAGCACUGCCUCUCUCUCACCCCCCAAAACAAGUUGACGAAAGGGUUUUAUUCUUCCCAUGUAGCUGUCUAUGAGGAAUUGGCUGUGUCUGGGUGGGUUAUGGGAUGUGGGCAUCCCUGGGUUCUUGGAAGCAGCUCUUAUGCUACUUAUAGAGAUGGGAUUGAUUUUAUUUUUUUAAAGUGCUUAAUUCACCAUUACGGGAAAUGCUUCCAGUCACAAAAGUGCAGCCCACCUCACUUUGAGGAAGAAGCAGGACUUGGUACGGAUUUACAUAACUCUUUGCCAUUAAACCGAAUCAGAAAUCCAUUUUCUGGCUGAAUAAAAAGUUUGGCUUGCCUGUGUAAUGCUCACUCCCUUCCCCCCAGCUCCCCAGUGAUGGGGCAUAUAUGGGAGAGGAGUGUUUUUCUAUCAUAGAUGCCAUAGGGGAAAGUUUGGGGAUGAAGGAGAGCUUAAAGGCGUUUCAGUUAAGUUAGAAAACUGACACAGACUGUUGAGAAAUCUUUGCUACUUUUCCCACCCCAAACAGCCUGUGGCCUGACAUCUUCUGCCCUGGGCCCCCUUCUCUUGAUGUGGAAAGUCUGAAUGCAGUAUUUAUAGAUUUCUAAGGUUUUAACAUCCAGUAUCAGGAAGAAAAUCAGAAAUACUGGUUGGUGAAAUAAAGAGUUAGCAUUGUU